AUGAGGAGAACACUGAGGCUUCCCGCGCAGAGGGCUGCAAUAAAGUGUGGGACCCAGUCCCAGUCCCGCGCAGAGGGCUGGUCGUUCCCUUCCGCGCCCCAGGUGACAACGACCAAAGGCUGGGCCAGGGUGGCGGGCGAGGCUCUCACACCCGUGGGGGGGGGAUGGGAGGGGGGAGGGAAGGACCCGUUUUGCGCGCCUAAGGGAACCCAAAGAACCGGCCGGGGCUGGGAAGCCGGAAGCAGCCGGGGGUCCCCCGACCGAGGCCAGGGCCAGGCCCCAGCCCGCCCGAGGCCUCCCCGGCGCAACCUCCGCUCCCUCCCCUCCUCCCCUCGCCGGUCGGGGCGGGGCGCGAGCACAAAAGACUCCAACUUCCGAGCGGGCGCCCGCCCACCCCCAACUCCUGGCCCCGGCCCCGCUGGCCGAUCAGAAGCAAGCUGCGAACGCCGGGCGGCCAGGGGCGAGCGCAGGUGGCCCCGGGCAGGCGACCCCGGGGCGGCGGGCCUCGGAGGGGGGGGACAGCUCAGAGGGAGGGGGGCCGAGAGUUACGCCGGCUCCCAGGACUCCCCGAACGGCCCGAAAAAAGAGUUUCUAAAAAUAGGCAACGGCCCGCCGGAGGAGGGGAGGAAGGAAAAGGCACCGGGAACAGCCCGCCCGCACUCCCCCGGAGCGGCCCGCGGCCCCCACUCACCCGCGCUGAGCUCCGGAGGACGCCGCGCGGCGCGGAAGGCGACGGCGCGGCCGGCUCUCGGGAGGCCGGGAAGGAGGGAGGGAGGGAGAGAGGGAGGAAGCGGCCCCGGCCGCCGCGUGAGGAGCCGGCGGAGCACACGCGCGCGAGUCGCCACCGCUUCCGCCCCCUCGGCUCCCCUCGGCCCCGCGCCGCUCGCGCGCCCCGCCGCACUGACAGAGGCGCGGGCCCCGCAGCCACGAGUCCUUCUCCUGGCCGCCACCACUCGGCCGCGCGCGGGGAGGCCAGGGAAGGCGGGCCUCGGCACGCGCGGCCUGCCCGCCGCCUCGGCUCCGGCCCGGUUCUCAGCUGCGCCCUCCUGGACGGGCCGUGCCACCGGAGCCGCCCGAGCACUCGAGCCUCAGCGCCGCCCGGCCCGGGGCCCCGGCUCUCCGAACGCGUGGGCUCCCCGCACACCCCCGCGCCUGGCUUUGGAAGGGUCCCGAGCUUGGGGCGCCGAGAGGAGGAGGGCGGGCCCGGGGCGGGGCCUGACGGGAGGAGGGGCGGGGGUGGCUGGCGGGGGGUCCGAGGGCUGCCGGGCCGGACGACACCGGGGUGGGGAGGAGCGCGCCGAGGGCGGAGCCGAGCGCGGAGAGCGUGCCCGGAGGAGGAGCCUCGGGGGCCCCGGCGCCGGCCUACGGAAGCGGAGGCGCUGCCGAGAGCCGCCCGGGCGGGCGCCGCGAGCUUGCCGCGGGCCUGAAGGAGGCGGGCCUGGGAGUACAGCGAGCCGGCGGGAGGGGGGGUCUGGGCUGGACCCCCGAGCGGGAGCCGGAAGGAGGAGGAGGAUCCUCCCGGAGGAGGAGCGGCGGGGUGGUGCUUGA